AUGGAAGUUAAUCUUACUCGCAUCAUAGCCUCGCUCAAGCAGUACCUUGUUGAGCUCUUCAAACUUUCCCUUCAAACGAGGCUGCUGGCUUCGGGGCUUUAUUUUCAAACUCUUCAAGACUUUCGAGUUCCUCAACAAAUAUUUUGUCAUGUUAAGCUCUGGUUCCUCACCUUCAAAUCCAUAGAUUCCAAGAUAUUUGAGAUACUCCUCACGCCGCAAAGCUUACCCACAAACUCCAACACAGACCUCGAAGAAGGUCCCCUUUGUAAUCCCAAAUCAAAAUCAACUUUUGCUUCGGUCAAUGAAGCCAGUGCACGGGCCGUGACCUCCGGAGGCGAAACAUGA